UGUCUCCCUGCAAUUAACUUGAUGCUGAAGGGAUGUCCACUGGUUUCGUGGCUCAAUGAAGUGAUGAGCUAACCUUGAUUGGUUUAAAUCGUAAAGAUUAGUGUCUGUAAAAUGUCGAGAUUAUUAACCGCGUUUACAGCCGCAGUACUAUUCUCUAUGCAGGCUUUUGGGAAAACUGUAACGGGACUUUUUCAGACCGAAGUAGCGAGACAGCAUCAAGGCCAAUUCAUCACAAAAUUCAUGUAUCAAGGUGCUGAUGGUUUGUUGGUCUGUCAAGUGGACAACCCUUCACUAGCUGCAGAAAAGGAAUCCCGGCUGCUGCUGUAUCCAAAUGUGGACGAGGAUUGGGACAACCUCAGCUGUUCUGAAAGGCUCAGCAGAGCCCAUUUCAUCAUUUCUCUCAGUCAAGAAGAACACAACCAGACGAUUCCUAAAUAUUCAUCCCCUACAGUGUGGAACGCUCUCUAUGCAGAUCGAUACACAUGCCAGGAGGAUACAGUGAUCCCUUCUCAUGAUGACCUCAGGUUUACUGUCCUGCUGCUCAAUGCUGAUUCUGCAGGAAACCCCCUGGAGCAUUUUAGUGCUGAGGUGGCAGGUCUCCACACAUUUUACUUCCUCCUGCUUGUGGCGUACUUUGUAGCUUCCUGUAUCUACAUUAAGCCACUCUAUCAGGCUCUGAGGAAAGGUGGUCCCAUGCACACAGUCCUGAAGGUGCUGACCACAAGUCUGGCCUUGCAGGGAUGCUCUGCCCUUUGCAACUACAUUCACAUGGCCAGGUACUCCAGAGACGGCAUUGGCAUUCCACUGAUGGGCAGCCUGGCUGAGUUCUGGGCUAUGGCAGCUCAAGUGUCAAUACUGUACACGUUACUGAGCCUGUGCGCGAGCUGGAGCCUGAGUCGAGGCCGUAAACCUCAGUCCCGACCUCUGCAGUGGGAACAGUCUCCGGCGUCCACGGCCGUCGCCGUCUGCGGAGUCGUCGUGCAGGGUGUGCUCCUGCUGUGGGAGCAGUACUCUGCGUCCGAGCGCCAACAUCACAGCCAGCAGAACCUGGCGGGCAUUCUCCUCAUCGCCCUGAGGGUGACACUGGCCCUUCUGCUGGCCUCCGUUCUCUACCAGAUCAUCUCCACCGAGAGGAGCACACUGAAAAGAGAUUUCUACCUCUGCUUUGCCAAGGGAUGCUUCCUGUGGUUCCUUUGUCAUCCUGUCCUCGUCCUCACGUCUGUCAUCUUCAAUGAGCACCAGAGGGAGAAGGUGGUCACCAUUGGUGUGAUUCUGUGUCAGUCCAUUUCCAUGGUGAUCCUCUACCAGCUUUUUCUGUCUCGUUCCCUUUACUGGGAAGUGUCCUCACUCUCGUCCGUGUCACUACCACUCACAAUGUCCAGAAACAACCAGAGGGGACGCUAUUGAGUGACCCUGCUGGCUUUUCCACAGUAUCCCGGACAGAGCCGACGGGAGGCGUCGUGCUGCAGGGCCGCUUUUGAUCUUUGUUGUUUUCUGCGAAGCAAUGGAACAGAUUGUUUCGCAUCGUUUUUCUUCCAGGGAAUCAAAGACGGCACCACAAGAGAGGGGCCGCCAGGGAGGACAAAGACAGAAAACAGCAGGGGCUUGUUGUAGAAGUUGAGUUUUAUUUGGCUUUUUUUUUUAAACAUAUAUAGAAAAUAUAUUACAGAGUGCAGGGACUCUUAGUGGAAUUUAUUUCAAGUGGGAAUCGGCCUGAGCGUGAUGUGGGAUGAAGGUCUAUAAGAAAGUCAUUUUGAGUAUGACCAUACAGAAAUGUGAAUUUAAUUGCUUGACAUAGAGUCCCCUCCAAAAGUAUUGGAACAGCAAUGCCAAGUCCUUCGUUUGUGAUGUAUACUGAAGACAUUUGUGUUUCAGAUCGAAAGAGCAAUAUGAGAAAGAAGUUCCAAAUUGCAGCUUUUAGUUGAUGGCAUUUACAUGUAGAUGUAUUAAAAAAAUGGACAGCAGCUUUUGUUUAAAGCCACCCACUUUUCAAGUGAGCAAAGGUAUUGGAACAUGUGACUGCUGGGUGUUUCUAAUUGCUCAGGUAUUGCCAUUUUGAUUGAUUGCUUGAAGAUUACACGGUUGUUGUUUACGGCGUUGGGUUUCACCAUUGAGAACUGCAUUUCCUGUUAAGCAACUAUGAAGACGAGAGAGCUCUCUAUGGGAGAAAAGCAAACCGUUUUGAAGCUGAGAGAAGAGGGUGGACUACUGUAUCAAAAACUAUACACAAAUGCAAGCCAUUCAUCAGCAAAAAGAAUCGGAAGGCCAGAUUGGAUUUUGCAAAGAAGUACAAAGAUGAGGCACUGACGUUUUGGAACUAAGUUUCAUGUACUAAAGAGACCAAGAUUAACUUCUAUCAAAUUGAUGGAAAGGCCAGAGUAUGGAGAGGGAAAAAAUCUAUUUAUGACCCAAAGCGCAUAAGCUCGCGUGAAGCAUGGUGGAGGUCAUGUCAUGGCUUAGGCUUGCAUGGCUCCUUCUGGAAAGUGCUCACUAGUCUUUAUUGAUUAUGUACCUCAAGGGGGUUGCAGCAGAAUUAAUUUUGAAGUCUACAAAUCAUUUUGUCUGACAAUUUAGAGAAAAAGGCAUCCAAACUGAUUUGGAGAAGCUUCAUCAUGCAACAAGACAAUGACCCAAAACACCUUUCCAACAUGACAAAGGGCCUAAUAAGGGUGAGGCGGGCGGGGUUUUUGACUGGCUAAAUCAAUCAUCGGACAUUAAUCCAAUAGAGAAUGCAUUUCACCUCCUGGACAGGGCGCUGAAGGCAGAACCCCCUCCUCCCCCCAGAAAUGAACAAGAACCGAGAGAGGCUACAGUAAAGGCCUGGAGGGUGAAUGAAAGGGUUCACUUCACUUCAUAAUGUCCAUUCCAAUUCUUUUACUCAGUUGAAAACUUGUUGGCUUCAAAACAAAAGGUGCUCUGUCCUGAGUUGUUUAACACAGCUCCAUGUAAAUACCAUGAAAUAAAAGCUGGACUUUAGAAUUUUUGUCUUCGGGAAGGAAUUGCCCUUGAUGGUUCAAUACUGUACUUUUGAAGGAGAACAGUAUAUCAUAUUUAACCUAUGUCUGUGGAGGCCUGUUUGUCUUUCCUCUUGUCAGCCUAUCUCAAAGUCUUCAUCAGCGGAUGAAAGACAGUAACCUCAAACUUUUAAAGCGAGUUAAGCUAUUUCAAGUUUCUGAAUGCAUGCCAUUCAAAUAUCUCCACCUCAUUUCAGACCUGAUGCUUGAAAAAAAAUGUUUCUGUUGAUUUUUUUUCAAAUUUAUGUACAGUUAAAGAAAAUGUAAAAGUGAGCAGUUCACUAUUGUUUCAUUCUUCACAACCUGUGGAAAUAUGUGACCCGAAAUGUUUCAGGGUAACAAAAAGUGCACAUCCCCUUAAAUCUUUCCCUUGUUAAAUGUUUGAACCCGAUGCUGAUGACACCCCCGACCCACGCUCCCGCUGCAUCCAAAAAAAUCUCUCUCUCUUUGUACACCAACAUGACAAAACAAGAACUUUUUGAUGCAAAUGUAAUAUAAAAAGGAAAUAAAGAAUUAUACAUUUUAGUGUGACACAUUAUCCUCCUUUUUGAGAUAUUUGUACUCAUUGAAUGAAGUUGUCCUGUGUUAAAAUGUUGCUGGUGUAGUCCUCGUGUGUCUUUAGUCCAGCACAGGUAUAACAAAGAAGAAAUCUGAAGCUUAUGAGGAAAAUGUUAAAAGAUAUUGCAUUAUUUUUGUAAACACCGUUUUAAGGUAUUCAAAAAAUAAAAUGAGAACUUGCCA